GUGUGCUUAUGUUGGAUAUUCCACUGCGGUUCCGUUAAAUCUGUUGAACGCGUCUUUCUCCGCGCGUCCAGAAACACGCCGGAUCGGUCUGAAGCGCGUCGGAACCCGUUUGCAGCCGCUGCCUUUGUGGAUUGGCUGUGGAUUGACUUAAUGCCUCCUUUAAAAGCCCUCUUCGGGGUUUUAAGUUCAAGAAAACACCCGGACCCUUCGCCUUCUCGUCUUUGACUCUCUCGGGAGAAUUAAAUGUUUAUUUGUUGGCACCGGUGGAGCGCGAGAUCUUGCCGGUUGCGGACGAUGUUCGGCGUUUUUGUAUAAAACACCUUGUCGGUAAAACUUUACCUCAGAAAACACAGUGGAUAACUUGUGCGUUUCCCCGAGAUUAUUUUGUGUAUUUUUUUACCUUAGAAAGUGAUGGCGGAGCGGGGGGCACGGCUGAUCGUUUUUUUCGCAAGUCUCAUCGUUCUCCGGUUCGGCGGUGCGGAUAAAGGGAGCGAGAGAAUAAGCCAUUACAGAUUUGGAGGUUUUGUUGGUUCUGGCAUCCGAGGUUUUACCCCGUUCAGGUUUUCGGUCGAACCCGUCGACACACUGGCCGUACGCGGCCUCCCCGCUGUCCUGAACUGCUCGGCCGCUAGCGACGCUCCGGUGAGGGUGGAAUGGAAGAAGGACGGGACGUUCCUGAACCUGGUGGCAGACGACCGGAAGCGGCAGCUCGCGGACGGCUCAUUGCUCAUCAGUACGGUGGUCCACUCCAAACACAAUAAGCCUGAUGAGGGGGUGUACCAGUGCGUGGCCACCAUAGACAACCUGGGCACCAUCAGCAGCCGAACCGCUCGCCUCACAGUGGCAGGACUUCCUCGGUUCCUCAGUCAGCCGGAGGGUGUGUCGGUGCGCUCGGGCGGCUCUGAGAUGCUGAGCUGCGAGGUGACCGAAGAGCUCGUCCCGUUCACCCGCUGGGAGAGAGACGGUCAGCCCGUGGAGCUGGACACCAGGGUCAUACAGCUGCCCAGUGGAGCUCUGGUCAUCAGCAACGCCUCCCAGAGCGACGCCGGUCUCUACCACUGCACCAUCGACGGCCUGGGACCACCCAAAACCACAGAGGACGCAGAACUACAGGUGUCUGCAGAUUCUGGUGUUGAAGAAAAGCUGGAGACUCUCCAGGGCCCGGUUUCUGUGGUGAAGGUUAUCGGGGAGAGCGUGUUAUUACCGUGCGUCAUGAAGGGAUUCCCCGUGCCCGUGAUUCGCUGGACGUUUAACGACCGGCCGGUUGACGAGAGCCGUGAGCGUUUUGCUGUGAUUGGCGGGGGAAGCCUGCAGAUCGUCAACCUGACCGCAGAGGAUGCUGGGAUAUAUGCCUGCCAGACGGACAGCGGCAACAUGACCAGCGAGAUCCAGGCAGAGCUCACGGUGCACGUUCCCCCGCGGUUCUUGACGAGACCCUCCAACACUUAUGCCCAGGAGUCCAUGGACAUCAUCUUUGAGUGUGACGUCACCGGCUCGCCGCCGCCCACCGUCAAAUGGAUGAAGGAUGGAGACACGGUCAUUCCCAGCGAUUAUUUCAGGAUAGUGAAGCAGCAUGACCUGCAGGUUUUGGGUUUAGUAAAAUCAGAUGAAGGUUUUUAUCAAUGUUUAGCGGAGAAUGACGCCGGGAACGUCCAGGCAAGCGCUCAGCUGAUCAUACUGGAUUUAGACGUUGCCCUUCCUUCUGCUGUCCCUUCACUGACUGAUGCCACUACUGACCAUGUAGCGUCCAGCCCGGCCGAGCGCAGCGGCCCGACGCCCUCCGCCCCGCGUGAUGUCGUGGCAUCUCUGGUGUCCACCCGAUUCAUCAAGCUGACAUGGCGACUUCCUGCCGAGCCGCACGGGGAGAACAUCACCUACUCUGUGUUCUACAGUCUGGAAGGCACUAACAGGGAGCGUGUGGAGAACACCAGCGGACCGGGAGAGAUGCAGGUCACCAUCCAGAACCUCGUCCCCGACACCAAGUACACCUUUCGGGUGGUCGCGUCCAACACUAACGGCCCGGGAGAGAGCUCCACCCCACUUACAGUGGCCACCCAGCUGGAGGUCCAGGUCCCGGGUCCGGCUCCGAAUCUGCAGGUGGUCUCUGUCAGCACUGCCUCGGUCACGCUGAGCUGGGACAGACCCAGCACUGGGAACGGUGAGAUCCAGACCUACAGACUCUUCUACAGCGAGAAGGGACACGACUCGGAGCAGGACAUGGACGUCACGGGUCUGUCCUACACCAUGACGGGGCUCAAGAAGUUUACAGAGUACAGUUUCAGGGUUGUGGCGUAUAACAAACACGGCCCCGGCGUCUCUACUGAGGACAUUGUGGUCCGAACGCUGUCUGACGUGCCGAGCGCCCCGCCGCAGAACCUCACUCUGGAGGUCCUGAACUCAACGAGCAUCAUGGUCCGGUGGCAGCCGCCUCCUCCUGGUACCCUGAACGGAGAGCUGACGGGGUAUAAGUUACGCUACAGGAAAGGACUCAGGAGAGCAGACGCAGUAGAGAUCUCAACCACACAGCUCUAUCAGCUCAUCGACGGUCUGGAGAAGGGAAAGGUUUACACCGUGAGAGUUUCGGCCUCCACCGUGAACGGGACGGGACCCACGACCGAGUGGAUCGCAGCCGAAACCUUCGAGAACGACCUGGACGAGUCUCAGGUUCCAGGAGUGCCCAGUUCUCUUCAUGUUCGUCCGCUGGUGAACCGAAUCGUGGUGAGCUGGACUCCUCCAGAGAACCAGGAGAUUUUAGUGCGCGGUUAUAAGAUCGGAUACGGGAUCGGCAGUCCUCACGCGCACACGGUCACUCUGGAUUACAAGCAGCGCUUCUACAGCAUCGAUGACCUCGAUCCCAGUUCCCAUUACGUCAUCACCCUCAAGGCGUUCAACAACAUGGGCGAAGGCGUUCCCAUCUACAACAGCGCCACCACCAGACCUCAGUCCGACCCCAUAGACCCUGAUAUUAAUUUUUAUGAACUCUUUAAUAACCCAUACACCCCAGCACCCGACCCCACACCCAUGUUGCCCCCGGUGGGCGUUCAGGCCACCGUCCUCAGCCAGGACACCGUCAAAGUCAGCUGGGCCGACAACUCGCUCGCCAAGAACCAGAAGAUCACCGACUCCAGAUAUUACACCAUCCGCUGGAAGACCAACAUCCCCGCCAACACCAAAUACAAGAUGGCGAACACCACGUCUCUGUUUCAUACGGUAACGGCUCUGAAGCCCAACACGCUUUAUGAGUUCUCUGUUAUGGUGACCAAGAGCCGCAGGAGCAGUACAUGGAGCAUGACGGCCCACGGGACCACCUUUGAGUCCGUACCCAGCUCUGCUCCGAAAGAUGUGACUGUGAUCAGUAAAGAGGGCAAUCCUCGAAUCAUCAACAUCAACUGGCAGCCUCCGACUGAAGCCAACGGCAAGAUCACAGGGUACAUCAUCUACUACAGCACCGAUGUGAACGCCGAGGUCCAUGAUUGGGUGGUGGAGCCCGUGGUGGGGAACAGACUGACCCAUCAGAUUCAGGGGCUGACGCUGGACACCACAUACUACUUCAAGAUCCAGGCCAGAAACUCCAAAGGCAUGGGACCCAUGUCAGACGGGGUGCAGUUCCGCACCCCUAAAGCUGAACCAUCAGACAAAAUGUCAAGUGAUCAAGGUCUGCUGGUCAAACCCGGUCACCCGACUCUACCGGAGCACGGGAUUGGAUCAAACAUGGAUAAACCAGGCAUCACGGGCAGCCAGGAGAAUCAUCUUCUGGUGAUCGUGGUGAUCGUGUGUGUCGGUGUGUUCACCAUCAUCGCUGUGGUCGUGGGGGCCGUCCUGUGCACACGCCGCUCCAACUCCCACCAGAAGAAGAAACGUGCGGCCUGUAAGACCAGCUCCGGCUCCCACAAGUACAAGAGCUCAUCUAAAGACCUGAAACCUCCUGAUCUGUGGAUCCAUCACGAGCGUCUGGAGCUCAAACCCAUGGACAAAUCACCCGAUCCCAACCCGGUCAUGACCGAGACGCCCAUCCCGCGGACCGCCCAGGACCCGGCCGCUGAGCCCAGCCAUCAGAGACGGGGUCAUGAGGGGGAGGACAGCGUCUCCGCUUCGGCCGCUCGGAGGGGACUGAGACCGAAAGUGAUGAUGCCGUUUGACUCUCAGCCUUCCCAGCCUGUGAUUAGCGCUCACCCCGUCCAUUCCCUCGAUCAUCUUCAUCACCAUCAUCAUCACUAUCACCUCCCGCCGCGUGGCUACCUUCAUCACCAGAUCGGCCUGAGAGCGCCUGCCACCCCCAGCACGCUCUCAGACAGGCCUCCGUCUGCAGAGUCAGUGAGGAAUCAGCCCCCUGCACCUGAACCUCCGGUGGCCCCCAGUCAGCCCAGCACCACAGCUGAACUGGAGAAGACCGAGGCGCUGAUUACAGAGGAAGAGCCACCGAGCAUUAACCCCCCGACGGCCCACGUGCGGCCCACACACCCGCUCAAGAGCUUCGCUGUACCAGCCGUCACUGUUUCCGCUCAUAACCCGGCCACCUAUGAGAGCGCAUUACCCAGCACCCCUCUGCUGGCACAGCCAGUGAAGAUGGCAUCUAUCGGGACACUAAGUCGAGUUCGAGCUCCGAUGGCGGUAACCGUCCCGAGUGCACCUGACCAAUCAGAAACCAGCAAGAUGCUGGACGUGGUUGCACUGUAGCCUCUUGCUUUAUACUCUCCCUCCCUCUUCCUCCUCUCACUUUUCCUCUUUCUGCUUGUUUUGUUGACUCUUUCUUUUCUCGAUCCUAACUCUAACACGGCUCCUCUGGCAUGGCUCUCUCUCUCUCAGACGUAUGAGACGGAUGAACUCUCGGAGGAGAUGGCCCAUCUGGAGGGUCUGAUGAAGGACCUGAACGCCAUCACCACAGGCUGAAGCGCUGCAGUCUCACACGGCUGAACCGCGUCCUCAGGAACAACCAGGACAUUUGAAUGAACACUGAUCUCAGAUCAGCCUUGAGAAUGACUGAAAACAGAUCAUGCUUCAUCUUUCCAUCUUGCAUGGCAGAGAAAUCUGUAAAACGUUGAAAACUCAAUGCCAUUUUCUCAACUCGGAUGAACCGUUCCACACAGAAAACGUGUUUUUAAUGUUUUUUGGAGAAUUGUAUUUACGUAUUCCAUAUUUUUUAGCCUGUAUGUAUUUUCAUUGUGUAUAUGAUCAUUUUAGGACUUUUAUUUCUUAGGGUAAAAUGUCACAUGCUCAAACAUUCAAGAAAUGCAAGCAGGAUAUUUGGGGGGGGUUUUUGUGUAAAUUAUGCAUAAAACCAUCCUUAUGUAAAUUGUGGCAUUCAGAUCAAUGCAAAGAUGUACAUAAUGAACGAUUACACGUAAAUUUGUACAUGGAUCCAUUUUUACAUGAAUGUUGCAUUCAGAAAACUGUUUUCAUGUAAAUUGCAGAUGGGCAUUUUUUCAGUUUCAGUAACAUCAUCUUAGUUGUUGCAUUUUGAAUUUGAAUGCCAUUAAUUACAUAAGAGCAGUUAUUGAACGAUUCGCAAAUAAUUUACAGUUAUCUCUGUUUGCUCAUGACUGUUUCAUGGGCUUUUUUGCAGUGUCUUACAUCAUGUUUAAGUGUUUCAUCUCUGGAGAGAAACCUAAAUCUCUAGUCUUCAAACGCCGGUAGCAUUCAAAAUCUGAAUAUGCAUUGGAAAUUUCUACAAGGACAGACAUUUACGACCAUCUUAAUUCAAUCCCAGUCCAGUGACAUUGAUGUUUGGUGCUUCAGAAACUCCUCAAACGUAAGACUUGUGAGAACGGAGAGCGAAUGAACCAGUUCCUCUUCCUCAGGACCCUGAUGCCUGUUUUUGGGGCCCUGGAGAUUCAUCAUGAAGGAGUUUAAUGCCAAGUGACUCUCGGAUUUUUGUACUUUGAGAGGUCUAUAAAUAUAUAUACAAUGAACUGCAAAUGUUUGCUUACGUGAAUACUUUGUACACUCUUAAAAAAAGGACAAUUUUUAUAUAUAUAUAUUCAUCUUUCAGUUGGUUUUUAUAUGAAGAUGACACAUUGCUUUGUAAACAUUUUCCAUGUAAGUUAUGAAUGGUUAAAUAUUCUGCGUUGUGUUUUCACCGUGCUGUUUAGCCAAUCCCUUCUCCCAAAGAAUGAGCGAAAGAAAAUAUCAGCAACGAACUCUGUCUUGCUCAUGUACAGUUUCUCACGUCAUGAAUGUCAAUGUGGCUGUAACAAGGUCUGCUUAUGAAUACAGUUGUUGUUUGUGUUUACAAUAACGGGAGAAGAUUUAAAAAAUAAAAAAAAAGGAAAAAAGAAGACACCAAACCAUGUUGUAUGGCAGGUGUACCGUCAAAUGUCAUUUGCACUUUUUAUAUUUUGGAUUUGAAACGAAUCGCUGAUGCCAUGUGAAAUAUGAACCUAUUUUAUGUAACAAUGAUGUCACAAGUAAACGGCUGGUUUUAAAGACA